AUGUAUAAUCUCGGGUGCUUUCUUGGUGCCCUUUUUAUUUCGACAUAUAUUGCUGAAAAAUUUGGACGUCGUGCAAUUAUAUUUACUUCCACGGUUCUUUUUAUCAUUGGUACAUCCAUGGUCAUAUUCCCUCCCGGUGGUUCGAAGCCAUUUAUGAUUUUUAUCUUGAUUGGACGAAUUGUUGAAGGUACAGGUGUUGGAUGUUCGUCGUUUUCUUGUCCGUUAUAUGCUUCCGAGAUUGCGCCAACAAAUUUGCGCGGAAUGCUUUCGGGUUUUAUGACCAUGGCCAUCGUAACUGGAUUAUUCUCUGCAAAUGUUUUUAACUUCUUCUUACAACAUCAUCGAUGGGGUUGGCGUCUAUCUAAUGGAAUUAUUCUCGUUGUUCCGUUAGUUCUUCUCGUUGGUAUAUUCUUUUGUCCUGAAACACCGCGAUGGUUGUUCAAGAAAAAAGGCCGACUACAGGCAGAAAAAAGUCUAAAACGUAUCCGACGCAUAUCUAAUGUCACAGCUGAAUUAGAUGCCAUUGCCGAUGCCAUACGCGAAGAAGGAAACGAACUUUCAAUCAAAGAAUUACUGACAACGAAGAAAAUGUUGAAAAGACUCGUUGUUGGAAUGGGAAUUCACAUUUUCUUACAGACGUCAGGGAUCAGUCCGAUCUUUGCCUUCGGUGGCAUGAUUUUCGAAAGUGUUCUCGGCUCAGGUAUUAUCUCCUUAUUAAUCCUUUCGGGUGCAAAUAUGUUUAGUACAAUACCAGCCUUAUUCUUAUUUGAUAAAAUAGGACGACGAAAUUUACUCAUUUUCUGUGGAUUAGGUAUGGUGCUGGGUCAUUUUAUGGCAGCCACUGUAUUCCGCACUGGCUGUACUGUUGUCAAAACAAUCGUAGAUAAGAUUGUUGUUCAUGAAGAUGUUAACUGUGGCUCGUAUGCAGGUGUUCUAAUGCUUAUUGCUACGGUGAUCUAUAUUAUUUGUUUUGCGCUUUCUUGGGGAGCGAUCUGUUGGAUUUAUGCCGCAGAAAUCUUUCCUCUUAAUGUUCGAGCUCGAGCUAUGUCAUUUACAACGGCAAGUCAUUGGUUUAUGUGUAUAAUUAUGGCCUACAUGUUGGAAUUGAUAGAACCUAUUGGUGUACAUGGUGUGUUUUACUUGUUUGGUAGUUUAUGCCUUUUAGCUGUUGUUUUUGUGUAUCUUCUGUGUCCAGAAACGAAAGGAGUUCUAUUGGAAGAUAUUGAAGAAGUGUUCGACGAUUUUAAGAUGAAAGAUCGAAGAAUAGUUGUUGCCCGUAAAACGAAGGACUAUGGUUUGAAAAUCGAGUUCAGUUAUAUUCACACAGUGAAGUAG